AUGGGCCUGAGCCCCGCCGCCGCGGGGGAGUGCGGGCUCCGCGUCUCUAAGUUCCCCCGGUCCCGCUCCAAACCCGCUUCGAGAACUGCAGGUGUGGGACCAAAAGACAAUCAACCUGCUUCUGGCCAUUCAGCUGUGCCCCAUUGUGGUUUAAAUAGAAUUUUUUUUCUUGAAUUAGAAGAAUCCGUGGGAUCUCAAGCCUUGGUCCAGCUCUUGCCCAAGCAGCCGCAGCAGGGCGUGUUGGAACAGAGCAGAAGCGUCCAGCAGGGGGAGAAGCUCAUAGUUAAGUUGGAGACAACACCCAACCAGAAGAGGGCAGAGUCGAAUUCAACUCCGAAGCCUGGGAGUGCAGGCAAAUUGACAAAGCAGGCAGCUGAGGGUAAACCAAAACCCAGACCUGGAGACCUGAUUGAGAUUUUUCGAAUUGGCUAUGAGCACUGGGCCAUCUAUGUGGAAGAUGACUGUGUGGUCCAUCUGGCUCCCCCGAGUGAGGAAUUUGAGGCCGGCAGCAUCACUUCUGUCUUCAGCAACCGGGCAGUCGUGAAAUACAGUCGCCUGGAGGACGUGUUGCAUGGCUGCUCCUGGAAGAUCAACAACAAGCUGGAUGGGACCUACCUGCCCCUGCCCGUGGACAAGAUCAUCCAGCGUACAAAACAGAUGAUCAACAAGAUAGUGCAGUACAGCCUGAUUGAAGGGAACUGUGAGCACUUUGUCAACAACCUCCGAUAUGGCGUGCCUAGGAGCCAGCAGGUGGAGCAUGCCCUAAUGGAAGGAGCGAAGGCUGCCGGGGCAGUGAUUUCGGCGGUAGUGGACAGCAUGAGGCCCAAACCAGUGACUGCCUGACACUGCCAAAGACUCUAAGCAGAGGAAGAGCUGCUGACAGCAGCAAAGAGAACCUACCUCUCUC